GUAUGUGGGCUUGUUAACUCACAAUUCUUCAUUACUUCAUAACCCAGCUUACCAAAACAAGAAUAAAAAUGUCUACAAACUCCCUUAAGUCCCAUAUUGAUGCAGAAUUAUGCCUUGCAUUGUACAGAAAAUCCUUGAAAUCCAAGGAGAUGGAACAUGAUGGGACUCAUUUCGAUGGACAGUACCCUCACCUAUUUGUAAUAAUGGGAGCCUCGGGUGAUUUGGCACAAAAAAAAAUAUACCCCACUUUGUGGUGGCUUUUCCGAGAUAAUUUGCUUCCCUCUGAAACAGUGUUUUAUGGCUAUGCUAGAAGUAAAAUGACCGUAGAUCAACUGAAGAAAAAAUGUGAAUCAUACAUGAAUGUUAAACCUGCUGAAAAAGAGCGUUAUGAAGAAUUUUGGACCUUAAAUCAUUACAUGUCUGGCCAGUAUGAUUCAAGAACCGAUUUCGAACAUUUGAAUCAGGAACUUUCAAAAUUUGAGAGAGGACCUACUGCGAAUCGAUUAUUUUAUUUGGCUCUGCCACCCACUGUUUAUGAGAAUGUGACAGUUCAUAUCAGAAAUGCUUGUAUGGGUACCAAAGGAUGGACGCGUGUUAUUAUCGAAAAACCUUUUGGACGCGACUUGGAGUCAUCAGAAAAACUGUCCAGCCAUUUGGCCUCAUUGUUUAAGGAAUCUGAAAUUUAUCGAAUUGACCACUAUCUGGGCAAAGAAAUGGUUCAGAACCUGAUGACGCUCCGGUUCGGAAACAGAAUUUUUAAUCCCACAUGGAACAGGGACAAUAUCGCAUCGAUACAGAUCAGUUUCAAGGAACCGUUCGGGACUCAGGGCAGAGGAGGGUAUUUUGACGAGUUUGGAAUUAUAAGGGAUAUUAUGCAAAACCAUCUUCUGCAAAUUCUGACUCUGGUUGCGAUGGAGAAACCAGCUUCAUGUCAGCCUGAUGAUAUUAGAAAUGAAAAGGUAAAAGUAUUAAAAAGUAUCCAGGAACUUAAAUUGAGCGACAUCGUAGUAGGGCAAUACGUUGGAAACCCUGAAGGAGAAGGUGAUGCCAAACUUGGUUACCUCGAUGAUCCCACUGUCCCUAAAGGUUCAGUCACCCCCACUUAUGCCCUAGCUGUACUGCAUAUAAACAACGAGAGAUGGGAUGGAGUACCGUUCAUUCUCAAAUGCGGAAAAGCACUGAAUGAGCGGAAGGCGGAGGUAAGAAUUCAGUUCAGAGAUGUUCCUGGAGAUAUUUUCGAUGGCAAACCAAAGAGGAAUGAACUUGUCAUUCGUGUCCAGCCAGGUGAAGCUCUCUACGUCAAACUGAUGGUUAAAACCCCAGGAAUGGCUUUUGACAUGGAAGAAACGGAGUUGGAUCUUACAUAUGGAAGCAGAUAUGAGCACAUCAAACUACCUGAUGCAUACGAACGACUAAUCCUGGAUGUUUUUUGCGGUUCCCAAAUGCAUUUCGUACGCUCGGAUGAAUUGAGGGAAGCAUGGAGAAUAUUCACUAAAAUUUUGCAUCAAAUCGAAAAUGAAAAGAUCAAGCCAAUACCAUACAUAUAUGGGAGCAGAGGACCGAAAGAGGCUGACCAACUACUUGUCAACAAUAACUUCACCUAUACAGGGUCUUACAAGUGGAAACCAAAAAUGUAAUGAGUAAUACUCCAAUACCGCUGGAAACGAGCACAUUCCUGUUUUUUAUUUUGUAUACAAAUGAAUACAUAAUAUCAAGUUUGUGUUCUGGUUGUUUUGUUUUUCAAAGAAUUAUAGAUUAUUGGCAAUAAAGUUAUUCUAAAUUC